UGCUCAAGAGACCAGCAGCGGGGCUCUUAGUGACAAAAAUAACAUCAGUGUUUUGUAAGUCAUCUCUCAAAGGCAUGAAGUCCGCCGCUGCGUCGAGACUUGCGUCGGACAUGGGAGCGCACACCAACCGCCUUCAUCCUUAUUACCAUUAUGGGAAUCUACGGCCGCACUGCUGCACAGCUAUCUAAGAAACAUGAAUGUCUUUACGCGUUCCAGGGGACAUGAUCGCCGUUCGUUCGUUUUUCGCCCGUUUACGAUCGAAGAAGAAGUGACCUUCUCUGAUGCAGAAGAUGUCAGCCCUGAAAAAGGUGUUACCAUGGCUACUACAGACUCACUGCUGUCUUUUCUUUGAGAAGGACUCAGUCUCUGCUGUUGCUGCACGCCGUUGCUGUGAGCCUACUCCGCCCACUGCAGAGGCAGAGCCACCUAAGCCGACCAGUUUGCCUUCGGAUUCCGAGUUUCCUGCUGGCUUCUCUUCUCGUCCAGGACGCCGUUGCCGUCGGAGAUUCGCUCCUCUUCGGUACCUGACCUCGCCGCCCGGUGACUUCAGGCGAGAGACGGUGGCGUGGUCCGGUUCUCCAGGGCAGCUAGAGGCUGCUGCGCAUGUUGUCCGUCCUCCAGGCAAGCCCCCUACUCCUGCAUGGGGGCUGUCCGGUUUGGCUGCAGCUCAAGCUGCUUACGUGGACUCUUGCUGCCUGGACGCUGCAAUAUAUCUGGCCAAAAACCCCCAGGACUGUGAAUUGGUGCUCCAGGCACUCCAAGAGGAGUUUCCUGAUGUGGGGUUUCUUGACGCUCCAGCUUCAGUCUCCGCUGGAGGUCCACAAACCCCAUCAAGACUAGCUCCAGCAGCUUCUCCCGGCUCACCUGCUGCUUCUCCUGGCUCCAGUGGUCCCCGUACCACUUCCCAGGACUCCAGCGGUCCCCGUACCGCUUCCCAGGACUCCAGCAGUCCCUGUACCGCUUCACAGGACUCCAGCGGUCCCUGUACCACUUCUCAGCCCACUGUCAAGCCUCCAGAGCCUCAGUCUGCUGUCAAACCUCCGGAGCCUCAGUCCGCUGUCAAGCCUCCAGAGCCUCAGCUUGACACCAAGAGUGACUUUAGACCCGACUUCCAGCCUGACUUCCAGCCUGACUUCCAGCCUGACUUCCAGCCUGGUCCCAAGCCUUCUAGGUUCCAGCUUGGUUCCAAGCCUCCUAUAACAUCCCGAGGGUCGUCUACUCGGCUCGGCCGGCCUCCAAGACGCCAGCCUCCCAAAAAGCAUCUUCGUUGGUCCUCCGGGUCUAGGCGCCGGCCUCCCAGAUGCCGGCCUGCCGAAAAUCAUCUUCGGGGGUCCUCCUGGUCUAGGCACUAGAGGCUGACAUUUUUUCGGGAGUCCCUCGGGUCACGGUAUUCCCACGGGAAUCCCGCGGGACGGGAGACAGCAUCAGUAAAGAUCACGUGAUUGGGACGGUACAGGAUAAAAAAUGAU